AUGUCCACCGCACCCUCGGAACUCGUCCUCUACAACCUCGUCCCCGCCCAAACCCUAAACCCCAGCCCCUCCCCCGCCGCCGCCGCCGGCGGCCUCCCCUCCCCCCUCGCCGCCGAUGGCUCCUCCGCCUCGGCCGCCGCGCGCCGGGCGCGCCCGCGCCGUUCAUCGGACCGCCACGCCAAGGUCGCCGGCCGCGGCCGCCGGGUCCGCAUCCCGGCCAUGGUCGCCGCCCGCGUCUUCCAGCUCACCCGCGAGCUCGGCCACCGCACCGACGGCGAGACCAUCGAGUGGCUGCUCCGCCAGGCCGAGCCUUCCAUCAUCGCCGCCACCGGCACCGGCGUCACCCCGCAGGAGGCGCCCCCCGCCGCCGUCCCCGUCGCCCCGUUCGUGCAGGUGCCCUACUACACCGCGCUCCUCAUGCAGCCGCCCAGCGCCGACGAGCCGCCCCUCGCGUCCGCGCCGCCCGCCGGCGAGGAGAACAAGUAAUUGGCACAGGGGAGGCUAGGGUUAGGGGCUUGUUAGUCUUAGAGUGUUGAGGGGCCUAUUGGGCUCUGUAGUAUCAGUCUCCCCCUCCGGAAUAAUUGAAUCUUAUUGCCACGGCACGGGUUAGGCCUUUAUAUGAUUGGUGAUUCGAGUGAUCAGGGGAGGGGGAUUCAGAUCGUAGAAUUAUUAUUAGUGGCUUUAAAAAAGACAGAUUUCUGUCUGUGUCUGUUGAGCGAGUGCUCUUGAUGUUGGAAACAAUGUCCAAGUUCUUGUGAAUGGUUUGGUGCUCAUUUUAAUUUAAAUGGUGCUUAGCCUUUUAUGGCAA